GCCGAGGAAAGUCCCUUUAGUGUAGAAGUCCCUCGGCGAAGUCUUACCUAGCUUAGAUGAGACAAACGGGUCAUCAGUCAGCAUUUUACAAGUUGCUCCCUCAUUGUCCGGUCUGAAAAUCCCGGGAUGAGUAAUUGCCUACCGUAAUUUGUAGUCAUUUCUUACUCAUAAAGCUUUCUAGUUCCUUCAUUGUGUAAAUUACUCAAACAUCGAGACUUUGUUGGCCUUUAUUCCUAAAAAGCAACUUGACUCUAAACAGACAACAUCUUACCUACCACUUACCACUUAUACGCCAUCGUUCGAUCGUACAUUGUGACGCAGUCCUCCAAUUUAUUCCCGAUUUGGGAUACUCUAGAGAGCCUUGGAAAUUAAUAACAUUAAAGUACCUUAUACAAUCAUCGCCUAUCAUGCCGUCUGCGCUCAUCAGUCAUAAUAAGUUUGACGGCAUACCCGAAACAAUUGCCGCAUUCCGCAAUGGCGAAUUUAUAGUCGUUAUGGACGACCCGGGUCGUGAGAACGAAGGAGACUUGAUCAUAGCCGCCGAUAGCAUAACAACCGAGCAGAUGGCUUUCAUGGUUCGACACACGUCCGGUUUGAUCUGCGCGCCUAUCACACACGCCCUUACAGAAUCCCUGAAACUACCGCAGAUGGUAGAAAAUAGCGAAGACCCUCGUGGAACCGCCUACACAAUUUCCAUCGAUGCCGCCGAUCCCUCCGUUACCACCGGCAUCAGCGCCCAUGAUCGUGCUCUAACAGUCCGGCAUCUCGCAGACCCUAAAUCUACCGCCGCCAGCUUUCGGCGCCCAGGCCACGUGUUCCCCCUGCGCGCACGUCCAGGCGGUGUUAGAGCUCGGAGAGGGCAUACCGAAGCCGGAGUAGACUUUUGUAGACUGGCGGGUAAGCCGGAGGUGGCGGCGAUCUGCGAGAUAGUCGAAGAUGGGGAUGAGGUGGCCGGAAGGGCUGUGCGAGAAGGCCCGGGGAUGAUGAGGGGUGAGGGAUGCAUCGCAUUCGCGAGGAGAUGGGGACUCAAGAUCUGCACAAUCGAGGAUCUGGUCGACUAUAUAGAAAAAACCGAAGGCAAACUUGGCGCGAAUGGGAGUUCGUAGUUCCUUGCCGAGACAUGAGUAUAAAAAAAGGUUCUGCAUAUAGAUGGAGAUACUUUACUUGGAUCAUACGGGGCUUAUAGAGAAAACAUUGGGGGUAUCAAAGUCACAACUCUGAAUACUACAUACAUUGUACUACGGAAUAUACUUACACUGAUCUAAUAUCCAAGCUAAAAUAAAACAUGCCGAGAUGUCUUGAUUUCAGGAUAACUCUUAGACAUAAAAUCUGGUAUAAGAUAUAUUAGAUAUAGUGAGACAAGCAGCUUCAUUUCCAUAGGUAAGUGGUUCAACUGUCAA